AUGGCCGACAACUCAAAUCCUACCACAGGCCGGAAUGACCCCAACGGCAAGAAGCAACUCAUUCUCAAUGCCUUUGUAAUGAACACACCCGGCCACCUGGCUCCCGGCCUUUGGAAACACCCCCGGAACAAGACAGACCAGUAUAAGAAGCUCUCUUUCUGGACCGAGCUCGCCCAGCUACUAGACAACGCCGGAUUCCAUGCGAUGUUCAUCGCCGACACCCUAGGCCCUUAUGAUGUUUAUAAGGGACCGGCCAAUGUUGUUCCAGCCUUGGCCUCAGGCGCGCAAUUCCCAGUCAACGACCCCCUAUACCUCGUCCCAGCCAUGGCGCAGGCCACGAAGAACCUUAUUUUCGGAGUAACUGCGAGCUUAACCUACGAAAAGCCCUACUCGCUUGCAAGACGGCUUUCGACGGUAGAUCACCUGAGCGAAGGGCGGUUGGCCUGGAACAUUGUCACCUCAUACUUGGACAGCGCGGCCCGGAACCAUGGGUUGGAGGAGCAGAUCCCGCAUGAUGAGCGUUACGGGAUUGCACACGAAUAUCUCGAAGUUCUCUACAAGCUCUGGGAAGGUAGCUUUCGUGACGAUGCAGUCUUGGCGGAUCGCGAGGCUGGGACGUACAUUGCCAGGGACGCAGUCAGACAGAUCCAUCACAAGGGCAAGUACUUUGAGGUGCCUGGGCCGCACUUCGUUGAGCCUUCACCUCAGCGAACACCCUUCCUCUUCCAGGCGGGCGUGUCCGAAGCUGGAAACGGCUUUGGUGGUAAACAUGGUGAAGCCAUCUUCAUCGGCGGCCAGACUGCGGAUGGUGUCCGAAAGACGGUCGAUAAUCUGCGCAAGAUUGCAGCGGAAGAGGGAAGAGAUCCUAACCACAUCAAGAUCAUUCUCGGCAUCAACGUCAUUGUGUCAGCAACAGAUGAAGCGGCCGAAGCGCAGAAACAAGAGUACUUGAAGUACGCGGACACCGAGGGAGCCCUAGCUCUCUUCGGCGGAUGGACGGGGAUCGAUUUGUCUGGGUACCCAGAUGAUGAGGCCUUCUCGGUGGCUGACUCUCCCCGUAUUCAGUCCAUCAUCCGACGCUGGUCAGAUACCGUCCCGGGCACAGAUAACCUUCCUUGGACCAAGCGAAGAAUUGUGGAAUACCUCAGUAUCGGCGGUCUAGGUGCCAAGAUAUUGGGUAGCCCUACCACAGUCGCCGAUGAGCUGGAGCGUUGGGUUGAAGUUUCUGACGUGGAUGGUUUCAAUUUGGCACACGUAACCAAUCCAGGUACAUUUGAGGACAUUAUCGAGUAUCUACUUCCUGAAUUACGCAAACGAGGAAUAUUCAGGUCCGAGGUCGAGAAGGAGGGUGUCACGGCGAGAGAAGUAUUUAUUGGCUCGAAACGACUUCCCGAGGACCAUCCUGGAAGUAAGUACAAAUGGCGCGCCGGUGAGAUCGAACCGCCAUUUCUGAAGCAGAAUGAACUGCUUUGA